UGUCGGGACCGCUGCCAAAUGGCUGUCCGGUGCCAGAGUGCCUGCAUUCCGGGCCACCAUUCCGGAUGCUCCAGACAGCUGCGAUUCGGGCCUGACGAAUGACGCGAAUCGCCACUCGACCGUGACAGCGACGGAACUCGUGGCCGACGAUUCAGGCCUGACAACCUCAGUUUCAUCGCUGGCCGGCAUCUCUGAGCUGAUAGAGACGGCUGCUGGCCAGUGGCUCCGCAGCCGCUGUGCGCUGGCCGAGACGACGGUGUCGGCAUUGCAUCGUCUUCGGUUGAUUGUCGGCGAGUUGAUCGAAACGGAAGCCGGUUACCAGCAGAGUCUGUCGGAGGUCGAUUCGGGCUACCUGGUUAAGCUGCGUGAGUCCGGCAGGCAUAAUGAGGCCACUUUAGACUCUAUCUUCGGGGUGCUGCCGCAUCUCAGGACCUUUCAUAAGUAG